AUGGAGCCGGACAGGACAGGACACUGCCUGAACCUGCAGGCCCACCUGGGCCCGAAGCCCCGUACCCUGCACUUCACAGCUGCAGGAGUCCUCGCGGCCACGUGUAACCGGCAGCCUGUGCGCUCCGUCCUGGGCAACAGCCAAAGAGCACACUCGGAGCCUCCAGGACAGCCAACCACAGACAACAUUCUUAAAAACUCCGGCCAGCGUGUCUCCUUCCUGACUGUCCUCUGUGGCUUGUCCGUGAGACCUGCUGAUAGCAAUAAGUCUUCAGGAAAUGCCAAAAUCGGGCACCGUGCCCCCCAGUUCGAAGAUCUCAGCCCAUCUGACUACAAAGGAAAAUAUGUUGUGUUCUGCUUUUGCCCUCUUGACCUCACCUGUGUGUGCCCCACGGAGAUCACUGCUUUCAGUGACGGCCAGAGGAUUGAGAAACUCAACUGCCAAGUGAUUGGUGCUUCUGUGGAUUCUCACUUCUGUCACCUGGCAUGGAUCAUCACACCCAAGAAACAAGGAGGACUGGGACCCAUGAACACUCCCUUGGUGUCAGACCCCAAGCGCACCACUGCUCAGGACCAUGGGGUCUUAAAGGCCGAUGGAGGCAUCUCAUUCAGGGGCCUUUUUAUUAUUGAUGAUAAAGGUAUCCUUCGGCAGAUCCCCAUAAAUGACCUUCCUGUUGGCCGUUCUGUGGAGGAGACACUGAGACUAGUUCAGGCCUUCCAGUUUACUGACAAACAUGGGGAAGUGUGCCCAGCUGGCUGGAAGCCUGGCAGCGAUACCAUCGAGCCUGAUGUCCCGAAGAGCAAAGAAUAUUUCUCUAAGCAGAAGUGAGCGCUGGGCCAUUUUAGGGCCAGGCUGCAGUAGGUGGCCAUGAGAACAAAACCUCUUUUGUACUACUGUCAUGCUUAAAACACAAGACCUUCCACUCAGCCCUGAUGUGGUGUGGGACAGGACAGGCCUUUCCGGCAGGGGUUGGGGAGGCCAGCCUUUCUUCCUCUGGAGGGAAUGGCCCGAGCAGUAUUAUGGGGCAGGCAAACUGAUGUGUAUAGUAGUAGGGUAUCACUUUUGGUCUUUUGUAGUUUUAUUAAACUUGAGCUGAGGAGAAAAAAAAAAAAAAUCCAGCCAGAAAGCGAACAGCAUGGAGCGGUAGAGCACACAGAACCAGGAGCCGGGAAAGCGGG